UUAACGUGACGUCACGCAAAGUGACAUUCAGUACGUACUUCAAUACAAUUCAAUGCAAAGUUGAGAAGUAGGGCCGACGUCCCCGAGGGUAUUUUUUUUUCGAUAAUUGAAAGAGUUUUGAACGGCUACCGGAGAUUUUUUAUAAAAAUUUACACAGUGCAAAUAAGUACAAACGCGACGCGAAGACUGACGCAACGUGAUUGGCCGCUUUUGAGGCAUUUUAGAGCAAUUUUUGACAUCUGUCACCGGAGGGCGUAGACGGUAGGAAUUUCCACACACACCGGAAUCAUCGUUUCAACGACGACUUUUCCAACAAAAUAACCCGACCGGCCGGUUUUAAGUGCCUUCAAGAGACUCAAAUGAGCCGGACCUCGUAAAUUCACCCCCCAAGACAAGUGUUUUGAGCAGAGUGGUAACGGCGAUUUAAGAACGCCGUGUCCAGCAGGAGUAUCUUCUCCGAUGGCCACUCAACAUCAUACAGGUUAUAGGGCGCAGGGUUGGGCCGCGCCUCCGUUUUACCAGGCCCGUUACCCACCCCAAGGAAACCCACCUUAUUUGCAGAACUCGAACAGCGCCAACAAUUCCUACUCAUCGGCCAAUAAUACAACGUAUGCGAAUAAUCAGAGGGUUGCAACUUCCCCGAGCAACACCAGUAGCUCGAGUAGUCAUACAGGCAGCCAAAGUGGCACAGUCUCCAAUGUGAGCACGUCGAAUAUGCCCUCGACGUCUUCGAAUUCAAAUUCGGGCUCGGAGACCCUAUCAAAGACCAAUUUGUACAUAAGAGGAUUAUCGGCUAAUACAACUGAUAAAGAUUUGGAAAAUAUGUGUAAAAAGUUUGGAACGAUUAUUUCGACUAAAGCCAUUUUGGAUAAAAAUACUAACAAGUGUAAAGGUUAUGGUUUCGUAGAUUUUGAACACCCGACGUCAGCGGAGGGUGCCGUUAAGGCACUCACAGCGGCAAAUGUUCAGGCUCAAAUGGCCAAAGUGGGUAACAGCCCCCAUUAUAGACUGCCCACUCAGCAACAGGAACAAGAUCCUACGAACCUCUACAUCGCAAAUCUUCCGUUAAAUUAUAAAGAGAGCGACGUGGAUAAGUUACUUUGCCAGCAUGGUCAGGUGAUUUCGACGAGAAUUUUGCGCGAUUCAACGGGAACGUCGAAGGGAGUCGGGUUUGCUCGCAUGGAAACCCGCGAAAAAUGCGAACAAAUCAUCCAAAUGUAUAACGGGAUGAAGAUAUCCGGAUCGAAAGAGGGCUUGCUAGUCAAAUUCGCGGACGGCGGUAAUAAGAAAAAGAACGUUUACAAGAAUAACGAGAAUAACAAGUGGCGGGACGGCACCGAUUCUUGCAUACCAGCUGUUUCUUACGAUCCGAGCGCUUUGGCACAAAACGGUGUACCCGCAGCUCAUAUGGUGCCCACUAUUACCGGAUUUAGACCUUAUAGUCAAUAUUUUCAGGUUCAAAAUUAUCCAAUUCCCGCUGGGACCCAAUGGGUGCCUCCUUAUAUUAUGUCCGCAGCUCCGAUUGCCUCAAUGGAUGAUAGUUAUAAUAUUCCGAGUCAUAUGGGACCUUAUAAAAAUGAUGGUCAAGCUCCAAGGGGUAUUUCUGUUAUGAUGCCUUCCUCAGAGUAUAUGCCACAGCUUACUGCGCAAAUGGGUGCGGUUCAAUUAGGUUCAGGUUCGUACAUUUCUCAACCUUACCACCCCGCUUAUUAUCAACCGCAAUUUAUUUCGAUGCCGGUCGCUGACUCGGAACAUACUUCGAAUGCGGCAAGUCCCGAAGAUCCGUACCCAGCGGCGGCGUAUCAACAGCAACCCCAAAAAUAAAUUGAUGACAGUAUAAAAACCCACUUCCCGUCGACGACAGCUUAUAAAAAAAAAAUUAGGAACAUCACUGAUUUAUAUGGAACAAUAACGAGGAUAAGGAUGAGCCCCUGAUUUAGUUUUCGGCGUCCCAAAACAUUCCAUCCUAAAAGAAAAAAAAAUGCAAGAAAAAGAUUAAUCCUUUUAAAUGAUUUGAUUUGAGGGGCUCAUUAUUUUAAACCUUUUUUGAGGUUAGUUUAAAAAAAAAGGUUUCGGAAACUUUUUUCCCCUUAUACUUUUAAUUUAAAAGGUAGUUUGUUAGUUAGUUGUUAGUUGUAUUUAGAUUAUCGUAAAAGAAUUUAAUGGUAACUUUAAUUGCGCGGAAUCGAUGGUAAAAAAAAAUUAACUUGAUAACGAUUAAAUUAAAUUAAAACGUGAAAUAUAUACAAUUUUUGUUACUUCUCGAUUUAUUUGAUUUUAUAGAGAUUUUUUUAUUUCAAUCUUGUUUAUAUAUUUUUGUGUCUUUAAAGAACUAGUCGCUGAUUGUUUUUUUUUUUUUUUUUUUUU